GGGCAAGCCGAGCUCCUCGCCCGGCAGCCGGGACGAUGGCAGCAGCAGCGUCAACGCCUUGCAGGCGAAGCCGGCGCUGGGCAGCCCGGGCGGCGGGAAGGAGCACGGCAACUCGGUGUGCUUCAAAGUGGACGGCGGCAGCGGCUGCGAGGAGCCCGGGGUGGGCUUGGAGGAGGCCGAGGGCUCCGGGCGGCAGUAUGGCUUCAUGCAGCGCCAGUUCACCUCCAUGCUGCAGCCCGGGGUCAACAAAUUCUCCCUCCGCAUGUUCGGCAGCCAGAAGGCAGUGGAGAAAGAGCAGGAAAGGGUUAAAACUGCGGGGUUCUGGAUCAUACACCCCUACAGCGACUUCAGGUUUUACUGGGACUUAAUCAUGCUUAUAAUGAUGGUUGGAAAUCUUGUCAUCAUACCAGUUGGAAUCACAUUCUUUACAGAACAAACAACAACACCAUGGAUUAUUUUCAAUGUGGCAUCAGACACUGUUUUUCUAUUGGACUUGAUCAUGAAUUUUAGAACUGGGACUGUCAAUGAAGACAGCUCUGAAAUAAUACUGGACCCUAAGGUCAUCAAAAUGAAUUACCUAAAAAGCUGGUUUGUGGUUGACUUCAUCUCAUCAAUACCAGUGGAUUAUAUUUUUCUCAUUGUAGAAAAAGGGAUGGAUUCAGAGGUUUACAAGACGGCUAGAGCCCUUCGCAUUGUGAGAUUUACAAAAAUCCUCAGCCUGUUGCGUUUAUUACGUCUUUCGAGAUUAAUUCGAUACAUACACCAGUGGGAGGAGAUUUUCCAUAUGACAUAUGAUCUGGCCAGUGCUGUGGUGAGAAUCUUUAAUCUAAUUGGAAUGAUGCUACUUCUUUGCCACUGGGAUGGUUGUCUUCAGUUCUUAGUACCAUUACUUCAGGAUUUCCCACCAGAUUGCUGGGUGUCCCUAAAUGGUAUGGUUAAUGAUUCCUGGGGAAAGCAGUAUUCGUAUGCACUCUUCAAAGCCAUGAGCCACAUGCUUUGUAUUGGUUAUGGAGCCCGGGCCCCUGUCAGCAUGUCCGAUCUCUGGAUUACCAUGUUGAGUAUGAUUGUGGGGGCUACAUGUUAUGCCAUGUUUGUUGGUCAUGCCACGGCCCUAAUUCAGUCUUUGGAUUCCUCACGACGACAAUAUCAAGAGAAGUACAAACAAGUGGAACAAUACAUGUCAUUUCACAAGUUACCUGCUGACAUGCGCCAAAAGAUCCACGAUUACUACGAACACCGUUACCAAGGCAAGAUCUUUGAUGAGGACAAUAUUCUCAAUGAGCUCAAUGAUCCUCUUAGGGAGGAGAUAGUCAAUUUCAACUGUCGCAAGCUGGUUGCCACAAUGCCUCUUUUCGCUAACGCAGACCCCAAUUUCGUGACAGCCAUGCUGAGCAAGCUUCGCUUUGAGGUGUUCCAACCUGGCGAUUAUAUUAUCCGAGAAGGGGCUGUGGGUAAAAAGAUGUAUUUCAUUCAACACGGGGUCGCUGGUGUCAUCACUAAAUCCAGUAAGGAGAUGAAGCUGACAGAUGGCUCUUACUUUGGGGAGAUUUGCCUUUUGACUAAGGGCCGUCGCACUGCCAGUGUCAGAGCCGAUACAUACUGCCGUCUCUAUUCCCUCUCUGUGGACAAUUUCAACGAAGUUCUGGAGGAGUACCCCAUGAUGAGAAGGGCCUUUGAAACGGUGGCCAUUGACAGACUAGACAGAAUAGGAAAGAAGAAUUCACUUCUCCUGCAGAAGUUCCAGAAAGAUCUCAAUACUGGAGUUUUCAACAAUCAGGAGAAUGAGAUCUUGAAGCAGAUAGUAAAACAUGACAGAGAGAUGGUGCAGGCUAUUGCCCCAGUUAGUCUACAGCAAAUGCCAGCACUGAAUUCUAGCUCUUCAACCACUGCAUCAUCAUCGCGAAUCAGGACACAGUCUCCUCCUGUGUAUACUGCAACCAGCCUAUCUCAUGGAAACUUGCAUUCUCCAACACCGAGCGCACAGACGCCCCAGCAAGCUGUCAUUCUCUCUCCUUGCUCUUAUACUACUGCAGUCUGUAGUCCGCCAGUACAGAGUCCUCUGGCAGGUCGAACUUUUCAGUAUGCAUCCCCAACUGCUUCACAGUUGUCACUGAUGCAGCAGCAGCAGCAACAGCAGCAGCAACCUAGUUCAUCGCAGAAAAAUGAAGUUCACAAGAGUACACAAGCCCUUCACAACACUAACCUGACAAGAGAAGUGAGGCCUCUCUCUGCCUCACAGCCUUCUUUGCCCCAUGAGAUUUCCACUUUGAUUUCUAGACCUCAUCCAACGGUGGGAGAGUCUCUAGCCUCGAUUCCACAACCCGUCUCUGGUGUCCAAGGUCCAGGUAUGCAGGUUGGGAACAGAGGCACUGUCCCUCAGAGAGUUGCUCUCUUCCGUCAGAUGUCUUCAGGAGCAAUUCCUCCUAACCGAGGGGCCCCGCCAUCAACAGCUGUUCUACAAAGGGAUUCUUCCACAGUCUUAAACACAGACCAAGAAGGAGACAAACCGCGAUUUGCUUCAAACUUAUGAUCCUUGUUAACUGUGAAAAGCAGAGACAUUUUAAUAAACUGAGAACAUCCCAGAAACUAUUUUAGCCUGUUCCCUGAUAGACCCUGGCAGCCUACUAUGAAACAAAAUAUUUUAGACAGCUCUGCCCUUCAUA